AUGUGGCUGAGUCGUGUAGUGCUUGUGCUGUUCGACGAUGAUGAAAUAUUUAGUGACUGCCGAGAUCAACCGGAUGGUGUACUUAAUAUCAAUGGAAUGUGGGAUUUCACAGAGUUGACCAUUGAGUCACAAUCGGACCAGAUAAAAGUAUCGGGUAACACAACAUCGGUUUGGGAUAUUCAGCUUGCGGAUCGUGUUGUGGGUUCCAUAGAUGUUUAUAAAUUCUAUCGUCGGGAGUGGGUACCAACAAUCUACAAGAUUAAUGUGCCUGAUGUAUGUUCAUCGAUGUAUGAUAAAAAUCAGUAUUGGUACAGUUUGUGGACGCAAUACAUAACGAAUGCUGACGAUAUCAAGGACAAAUGCAUUAAUGUUCGUGGCAUAAAGUAUAUAUAUAGACCAUUCAUUUUGAAGGAUCUUCAAUUCAAUAAUCAAAUGACAACUGUGGAGGGACCUCACAAAGUACAAAUUCAACUUAAAGCAUUCGAUGAGUUUGGCAAAUUGCGUCCAACAUCCAUAUGUUUUGAACUGAAAGCAUAUUUUGAAACCAAAUUUAUAUAA